UGGAUUUAUACUCAUCGUGAAGUCGACGGGCAGCCAACGAAACCGCUUCCGAACGUUACACAUCCUCCACAGCAACAUAAAUUCGAACCGCACGGUCGGAUAAUUGAUAGGCGAAGACUACGGAAUUGGUCAUGGACGCAUUUUACUUUUUACUUCUGCGGUCAUGCUAUCCGUAAUGGUAUUCUUCCUACUGAGCAAGCUUUCGAGCUCCAUAGAGGAAGAAACAAAACAUCAGAGAAA